AUGGAUCCACUAACCUUAUUGCAUCAAUGGUGGCAAGAGCUACAUAUAAGCACUUUGUUCAACCCCUUCCUAUUCUCUUUGCUUCUUCUCUUUUCCUUACUCUAUUUCCUAAAGCACACUAGAGGUGGCAAACUCAACUUACCUCCAUCUCCUCCAAAGCUACCUAUAAUUGGCAACCUUCACCAGAUAGGCACACUCCUCCACCGAUCUCUUCAUGCUGUCUCUGAGAAGUAUGGCCCUCUAGUGCUCUUACACUUGGGAAAUGCCCCAUUUCUUGUAGUUUCAUCGUCUGAAAUAGCUAGAGAGAUCAUGAAGACCCAUGAUACAGUUUUAGCAAAUAGGCCCCAGAUAAGGGCAGCAAGAGUUCUCUUCCAUGGAUGCACUGACAUUGCAUUUUGUCCCUAUGGUGAGUAUUGGAGACAAGCAAAGAAAAUUUGUGUUCUUGAAAUUUUAAGCCAAAAAAGGGUGCAAGCCUUUCAGUUUGUGAGGGAAGAAGAAGCUGCGGAAAUGGUCAAGAAGAUAAGAGAUUCAUGUAUGAAUGGAGCAACAAUUGAUCUUGGUGAGAUCUUUGUUAAUAUCUCAAGCAAUAUAAUUUGCAGAACCGCCCUUGGUCGAAAGUAUGAAGGGGAAGAUGGUAGCCAGAGUUUUGGAAAUUUGUCAAGGAGAGCAAUGGAACUUAUAGGAGCAUUUUGCUUUGAGGAUCUUUUUCCAUAUUUGAAAUGGUUGGAUGUUCUGACUGGAUUUUCUGCAAGAUUGAGAACAACUUCCAAUGCCUUAAAUGCAGUCAUUGAUCAAAUAAUUGAGGAACAUCAGAAGAGUGAUGGUGGUGACCAAUCUGAUAAGAAAGACUUUGUGGAUAUUCUUUUAAAUAUUCAGAAGAAUGGCAUGCUUGACAUCAAUCUCACUCAAGAAAACAUCAAAGCAAUCCUACUGGACAUGUUUAUGGGAGGAACUGAUACCACUUCAACAACCAUGGAAUGGGCAAUGGCAGAGCUUGUGAAAAAUCCUAAUGUGAUGAAGAAAGCCCAAGAAGAGGUAAGAAGGGUGGUAGGAGAGAAAUUAAAGGUAGAUGAGUCUGACAUAGAUCAAAUGGACUUCUUAAAGUGUGUUAUCAAAGAGACUCUGAGGUUACAUGCUCCUGUCAUGGUUACUAGAGCAUCAUCUGGGAGCACUAAACUGGAAGGCUAUGAUAUUCCUCCAGGAACAGGGAUCUUGAUCAAUGCAUGGGCAAUUCAAAGAGAUCCAAAAUUAUGGGAUAGACCAGAGGAGUUUCUCCCAGAGAGAUUUGCUAACAAUUCAAUUGAUUUCAAAGGCCAUCAUGAACAAUUCAUACCCUUUGGCAUGGGGCGUAGGGGUUGCCCUGGGAUAUCAUUUGCUAUCAUAGAAGCUGAAUAUGUGUUAGCCAAUCUCUUGUACUGGUUUGACUGGGAGUUGCCUGAUGGUGUUACUGUAAAUGACUUGGACAUGAGAGAGGUUUAUAGGCUAGUCAUUCGUAAGAAAAUUCCACUUUGUCUUGUACCAGUACUACAUUCUCCUUCAUAA